CGCUCCGCAGCGGCAGGCGCCAUGAGUGCGAGAGAGACAGAGCGACGAAAGCCGUGUUCGGAAUCGGCCUGCAACUCGUUAGACACGGCGAGGCGAGGUGAGGGCGGCCGGUUCGGCAGUGGAGGCACUCGUCGCGCUAUCGCCGUGCGAGCGUCCUGCCCGGCCUUCCCACCUCCACGACGCAGCCCAAGUAGUGCAUCCGGUGCCACUGUGUGCCACUGUGUGGCGGCGACGCCAGUCCGCCGAGCAUGACCGCCAGCGCCGACCUGGAGCACGCCGAGGACCGCGUCGGGGCGGCGACGGCCUCCGCGGAAGAGGCUGGCAAGGACCCCGCCCCCGCCGCCGCCGGCCGCGGUCGCGCCGUCCCCGACAGGCGGUUCAGCAUCGCGGACGACGACAACGAGGACGCCAGCAGCUGCUUCGAGGAGCCCUCCGCCGGCGCGGCCGCCGCGGCCAGCAUCCUGGUCUCGCUGGCGGAGCGCAGCGCCGUCGUCCGGGACACCCUGGCGUGCUCGGGGCCCACCACGCUGGACCGCCGCUUCAGCAUCGACGGCGACGACGAGGAGGCUGGCCGUGUGGCGGACACGUCUGCCGCCAUGGCGGCGGGGGCGGCCGUGGCGGGGGCGGCGAGGCUGGCCACCUUUGCAGGCAGCGGCCCCGCGCCCCUCCCGGAGCCAGCCCCCGCCGCCCCCAGCUGGAGGGCCAAGCGCUACGGGCUCGUCCUCACCACCCUGGCGGCCGCGGCGCUGGUCCUCUUGGGGGCGGCCAGGGUGCUGGUCAUCGCUUUGUGAAGCUUGAAUGGUUUGCGUCACGGCAAGAUGAGGAUCAGCCGCCGAAAAAACCUCGGCGAUACCCUGCGCCCGAGUGACUCUCAGCUGGCCAUAUGGCGCACGGAGUAUCGACAGGUUCAUGACUUAUGCAUCUUAUGCGACCUAUUUUACUACUCGGGCGGCGGACAGAAAAACUGACCCGUUCUGGAGCGGGCUCUCCAUAAGGCCAACGAUUGCUUUUGUUUGUCGAAAUGGCUGUACUACGGCAAACACCAGGCAAGCUUGAAGAUAAGUCAGUGGAGUGACCUUAGUGUUGCCAUUCCUGAGAAGAGUUGGUGCUCAUGGAAGUAAAAGGGGUAAAAACAAUCAUAAAAAAUUAAAUGAUUUAUUUAGGAAAUACUUAGGAUAAACACUGAUACAUACUUUUAUAAACUCGGAUACAUACAAUAUAUAUUUUUUAUAUUUGUUUUAUUGCUUAGUUGAAGAGAACUAGGUAACCAAAUAAAAUUGCCUUUCACAGGAAGCGGUCUUUCACGUUUGUUAAGCAAACCGUCCAAAAAAAGAAAAGAAACCAUGUAAGUUCAUUAAAUUCAUCAGUCAAAAGUGUGUAGGAAAAUGGAGCAAUCACAAAAAGCCAGAAUCAGAAUCACAGUUAUUUACACAAUGUCCUACAUGGUUAAUUUGUAUAGUGCAGAAAGACAUGCAUGAGAAAAUAGUUGAUGGACAUAGCUGCACUCUUUCAACAGGAACGAUGAGAAAGCUCUGCAACAGAAAGGCAUUAGCGCAUAGGCUAACCACAGUCUUGUGGCAGAAACAUAAACUUUUUCUAGAGUCGUAUUGCAUCACAAUUUGGUAACAAUACUGUAAGUGCACACCAAUAAAGUUGAGUGAGGCACUUAAUACAUAUGUACAAUAUUGCUGAUAAUAUAAGCUCUGAGUUUAUAUAUUUUUACCGAU